UCAGAACAGUCAACAGACAAGCAAGUUUAACUUCGUUACACGGGGUACAGUUGUCUGCUGUAGGCUAUAAUUGAAUAGUAGUAAAGUUACUAGUAGGCUAGCAAAACUAACACAUAGACAGCUCAGUGGCUAAGCGGAGAUGUUAGCCCUAUAAAUUAUUUGCUGAGCUGUGCGCUACCCUGCUCAAGACUUGAGGAAUAGGCCUACAUGCGUCUCGCCAAGUGGAGGACGAAGUUGCAAAGCGAUGCCGGGUUUUUUUAUGGACACUAAAAAUCAUGCAGAGAGUUCUACCUCAUUUUCCGGCGAGGAGUCUCAGAGUUCAUCAGAUUGGGGAAAAUAUGAUUUUGGCCCUGUCAGAAUGUAUAAACGAAAAGAGAAGAACCGGGAUGCUGCAAGAAAGAGUAGAAAAAAGCAAACAGAGACAGCCGAUGUGCUUCAUGAGGAGAUGCAGUUCCUAGAGCGUUCCAAUGCUGCGUUUGAGAGGGAGAUUGCAGACUUGCAAGCAGAGCUCCAGAGGUACACUACAGCCUUGCAGCAGCAUGAGCCUCAGUGCUCACUGCACGGCCAAUCAAGACUAGCAGGCAGCGUCUCCCCGCAGGUGAAGGCCUUCCAGUUUACCUCUACCAACACCUCUAUACCAGCCUUGAACAUAGACCCUGUUGCUGUCGCCAGUGCACCGCCCUUGCCAACUCAUCCUGGAGAGGCCAUCAGUGACUUCUCCCUCUCAGAACUCUUUCAGACUACAGAUUGGACUGCACCUUGGGAACCUGGACACUGGAGUAUACUCUGAUGGCGAUACACACUUGAAUUGAAGCUGAUUUCUGAAUCACCAAAAACCCAGGAACCCCAAUCACAACCGCUUAUCCGGCACGAGGCGGGGUUUAUAUGAUGACAGACAGAAGAGUAUAGUGAGCAGCGUUGUUCAACUCAACCAAUGGCUUAAGUAAACAACUGCAUUUAAAACCUCCAUUUACCAGAAUGCGGUAUAUGGUAGAUGUGUUUGCUAUACGUCUGAAAAGACUGGAUAAGAGUUUAAUGCACCAGUUUAAUUUUAAGUAAAGUUUAAUUUCACUGCUGGUUACACCACUCGGAAAUCGGAGGUAAAUUAAAGGUCUCCAGACCCAUUCUCAUUCUGAAUUGAGAUUUCAGAAGCAGUCUGGUGAUUUGAUAUGAAUCCCUCCUUUUAUUGGACAUCAGUAUACAGUAUAUAAAGUAAAUACAGUAUAUUUCAAAUCAGUGAAAUAAAAUAUCAGUGAAAUAAUUUACAAAUUAUUGUUUUUUGUCUUAGGUAAAUAUGUAUAUAUAUAUACUACUUUGCACUAAACAUUUUAACCAAUAUAUAUAUAUAUAUAUAUAUAUAUAUUGGUUAAAAUGUUUAGUGCAAAGUAGUCAGGUAGAUUACCCUACCCAGGCUCUGUUCUUUGUGAAGCUCUCAAAGACUCUUAUUAGGGACAUGCAUUAUAUAGAACUUUUUGGACCACACUGACUACUCUGAUAUUUUCCUAAAUAAAGUUUAUUUUCUUAUUUAUUCUGUAAUAUAAGUAUAAUUGUUCAUCAACAAUGUAAGGUGCUAUAUGCUGCUUUAUGUCACAAAUAAAGAUGGUUUUAUUGGUAUUUCUUGCUAA